UUCCUGCCCGUCGCCGCCGGGACUUCCGCCGUUCUGACUGGGGGCCUUCGCUACCGCUGCCGCCGCUUUGUGCGUCUCUGCUCGCGAGCGGGUCCGUGGAGGCGCGAAGCUCAAGGCCUCCCAUUUUAUACCGCGAACUUCCAAGCUUGGUUAGGCUGAUGCAAAGAGAAGUCCUUCCCCUUGAGGUUAAGCCCUGGGGCUCCAAAGUGUUACCCUCACGUUGAGGCUAGACAUUAAUUUAAAUGGCGACUGAUCUGUCGGAAGCGGAUCCCGCACACCGUAAGGCACUUCCACUCUUAACAGGAGCUCCCCUGGACAAGUUGAGCGAGACGGUCGAAGACGGUGCCAUGCCGAUCCGCCGGGCAGUGAAUGCUUCUUCCCGGGAAACUCCUCCCAAAAGCAAGCCCGCUGAAGGUGAGGAGGCCAAGCCAGAGCCGGAUGUCAGUUCGGAAGAAUCCGCCUCCACCGUGGAGGAGCAAGAGAAUCAGGUGCCCCUGCCUCCCCCCAGAGAGACAGAGCCGCCAAAGGAGGCUGAGGCUGAGGAGAAGGCAGAGGUGAAGCCUGCUGAGGAAGCCAAGAAGGAGGAGAAGGAUCCGGCGAAGGAGAAGGAGAAGAAAGUGAAGAAGACGAUUCCCGCCUGGGCUACCCUCUCCGCCAGCCAGCUGGCCAGGGCUCAGAAGCAGACGCAGAUGGCAGCUUCCUCCCGGCCCAAGAUGGAUGCCAUUUUGAUCGAAGCAAUCAAGGCAUGCUAUCAGAAAGGUGGGGCGUCGGUGGUCGCCAUCCGAAAGUACAUCAUCAGCAGGUACCCUUCGCUGGAGCUCGAGCGGAGGGGGUACCUCCUGAAGCAGGCCCUGAAGAGGGAGCUAGAGCGGGGGGUCAUACGGCAGGUGAAAGGAAAAGGCGCCUCUGGAAGUUUUGUGGUGGCCCCAAACUCAGGGAAAGCGGCAUCCAAGUCCCGGGACCGGAAGAGGAGCUCGCUGGCUCCCGGUGCAGAGCAGCAUGUCAAGCUGGAGGAUGUUCUCCCGCUGGCCUUCACCCGCCUGUGUGAGCCAAAGGAGGCCUCCUACAGCCUCAUCAAGAAAUACGUGUCCCAGUACUAUCCCAUGCUGAAGGUGGACAUCAGGCCCCAGCUGCUGAAGAACGCCCUGCAGAGGGCGGUGGAGAAGGGCCAGCUGGAGCAGAUCACGGGCAAGGGGGCUUCUGGCACCUUCCAGCUGAAGAAGUCAGGAGAGAAGCCGCUGCUGGGCGGAAGCCUGAUGGAGGAUGCCAUCCUCUCUGCCAUCGCGGCCAUGAACGAGCCCAAGACUUGCUCCACCACUGCGCUGAAGAAAUACAUCCUGGAGAAGCACCCCGGGACCAACUCCAGCCUGCAGGUUCACCUCCUGAAGAGGACUCUGCAGAAGUGCGAGAAGUACGGCUGGAUGGAGCAGAUCUCGGGCAAGGGCUUCAGCGGCACCUUCCAGCUGUGUUUCCCCUACUACCCCAGCCCCGGCGUUCUGUUCCCCGAGAAACAGAAGCAGCAGGACGAGGAGGAGGAGGAGGAGGAGGAAGAGGAGGAGGAGGAGGAGGUAGAAGAGGAAGAGGAGGAGGAGGAGGAGGAGCCGCCUCCAAAGAAAAGGAUGCCAAAGCGGCCCCCACCAAAGGCCCGGAACAGGGCCCCUCCCCUGGCAAAACGACGGGAGGCCAAGCCCACGGCCCGGAAGGCUCCCCUGGUGCACCGUGGGAAGGCGAAGCCGCCGCCGCCACCGCCGCCGGCCCCCAAGGCCAAGAAAGCCAAGCCCGCUCCCCCACGGGUGGCCAUCAAGAGCCUCAGCCCAGCCCCCAAGAAGCCGGCCGCCGCGAGCGCCAAGAGGGACCGGAAGUCCUCGGGCAAGAGGAGCAAGACCACCAUGCGGAAGUCACUGCGGGCCAAGAAGUAGCUCCUCUGGUCGGCAGGCAGUGGCACUGCUUAGGACCCCCCCCCCCUUUUAUAAGUACAGCCCCCAUUUGUAACUUAGUUCUGACGCUUAACCACCUCUGUCUCCCCCCCCCCCCCGCCCCUCAGCAGCGGAGAAACGCAGCAGCCCCACAGUUUUUGGGUAGAUCCAGACUCUGCUCCUGCUGUGCCUUCGCCCCCAUGCCCCCCCCCCCAAAGUCUGGCCUCCUUCCUCUCAGAUCCAUCACCAGUAAUACAGGAUUCUUCUUUUUCUAAACCAGAAAAAAGUAUAUAAUCUGUACAGGGUGCAUCUUGGCUUUGGAUUUUGGGCUUUUGAAACCGGUUGGAAAGAUUUUUAUAUUUUUAGAAGUGGAAACAGACCCCCGCUCUCUGCCAGGCCUUCCUUUUCACAGCCCCUGCCCCAUGUUCCCGCAGACAGACCCUGGGGCCCACGAGUGGCCCUCCUCUGCAGGGCACCACAGCCGGGACUCUGGAGGCUGCCUCCCCUGCCCUUGUGUUCUGUUCGAUCUUGGUGCCCCCUGCCCGUGACCCCCUGCCCGGCCCGCUGGCGUGAAAUGCCUCUUUCCAGGGGCCUUGGGAGUUUGUCCCCCAGGAAAGGGGGGCCCCGCGUCCCGCCCCUCCUUUGCCGCCCCUUCCGAGAAGCGUCUCGGACAACGACCCCACCCUGCUACUGUAGAGCCACGGAGCGAAGGCCGCGCUCUUUGCUGAAAUAAAGCGUAGACCCG